UAUUUGCUCAAACACUUUGAAGACCUUUGAGCCAGACUCACAUCAGCUCCCCUUCUGUGUGGACAACACACUCACUGGUAGCAAAAGGACUACAAGGCGGGGGAAAUGGCCACCUUUGACGACCUCUUGGAGGAAGCUGGAGAAUUUGGAGUCUUUCAGAAGAUGGCUUUCACUCUGGUCUGCAUAACAUCAGCAGCGUUCUCCUAUCUGUACGUUGGGAUUGUUUUCCUGGCCUUCACUCCUCGGCACUGGUGCAGAAGCCCAGGGGUAUCAGAGCUGAGGGCGAAUUGCGGAUGGUCCCAGGAGGAGGAGUGGAACUAUACAGUGCCCCCUGCUGACGGAGGGGUCCUAUCACAUAGCCACUGCCUCAGGUACGAUGUGGAGUGGGAGUGGACCCCAUCAGGUCACUGCAAGACCCCGCUCUCAUUCCUGCCAAACACCUCCGCACAGGAGCUCCCCCUCACCCUCUGCCAGGGGGGAUGGGUUUUCGAGGAAGGCUCAUACCCAAGCAUUGUCACCGAGUUCGGACUUGUGUGUACUGAUGCUUGGAAGGUGGAUUUGUCUCAAGCUUGUCUAAAUUUGGGAUUUAUGAUUGGAACUGUAAUCCUGGGUUUUGGGGCAGACAUAUAUGGUAGGAAACUCUGUUUCUUAUUUUCCCAAUUUGCGACCACGGUGGCAGGAAUCGCAGUGGCGUUGGCUCCGAAUUACCUUUGGUUCCUCAUCUUCCGCACACUGCAGGGAGUAUUGAGUAAAGGGGGCUGGCUCAGUGCCUAUGUCUUAAUUUCUGAGCUGGUCGGAAUGCAGCACAGAAGAACAGUGGGGAUUGUAAUCCAGACGUUUUUCAGCUUUGGGAUGAUGCUACUCGCCGCUAUUGCUUACCUGGCACCAGCCUGGAGGACGCUGCAGCUGGUGACCACUGUGCCCAACUUCAUUUUCAUGACCUACUACUGGCUGCUGCCAGAGUCUCCGAGGUGGUUACUGUCAAGAAAUAAACAAAAAAAAGCUAUCAAAGUCCUUCAGCAAAUGGCUAAAAGGAACAAGAAGGCUUUCUCGAUAAAUAUUGAGACGGUCAAAAUUAUAAAUUCUGAAGAUGGGCUAAGAAAGCCAACUUUCGCAGACCUGGUGAAAACGCCACAGAUAAGGAAGUAUACUCUCAUUCUGAUGUACAACUGGUUCGUCAGUGCUCUGGUGUAUCUUGGCCUCGUGAUGCGCUUGGGAGUUAUAGGAGGGGACAUUUACCUCAAUUUCUUUGUCUCGGGGUUGAUGGAAAUCCCUUCGGCGAUCUUCAUUGUGCUGCUGAUCGAUCGAGUGGGGCGCCGCUGGCCCUUUGCAGCCGGCUACCUGUUGGCAGGGGUAACCUGCGUGGUGACUGCCUUCAUCCCCGAUGAUUUCUUCUGGCUGAAAACAGUACUCGUAUCUUUUGGCAAGCUAGGAAUUACGGCAGCCUUUUUAAUGGUCUGUUUUGUAAACACUGAAUUAUACCCAACGUUUUUAAGAAACUUUGCUGUUUCGAUUUGCUCGACAAUGUGUGACCUUGGAGGGGUGGUAGCUCCGUUCGUUUUGUACAGGUUGGCGGUAGUGUGGACAGAGUUGCCCCUUGUGGUGUUUGGGCUGUCCGCUCUGCUUGCUGGGGGGCUCGUCUUCUACCUGCCUGAAACCAAGGGCACCCGGUUACCGGAGACCAUUGAAGAAGCAGAAACCCUCGGACGGAAGAAGAAAGCCAGCCCUCAGACGAGCUAUCAGAUGGUGACACCACACUCCGCAGCAGAAACAAGUAACCAGAAAGAGCCUGCCUCAGAGAUCAUCAUAUGAUGAGAUUAAAUCAUUGACAGCAAAUAUUUACUGAUCAGUAACAUUUGAUGCUUCUAACUCUGCAGUGCCAAGAACUUUGAAAAGCACUUAACUUUCAGUCUUUCUGUAAUUAAUAAUGUUAAUGACUUAUGAUUGUGCCUUUUGCUAUGUUAUGUGGCAUUUUGAUGUGACCUUAAUGUUUAUGUCUUAGAGACUUGCGCUCAGUAGAUUAGCCUUCAGAGUUUCCAUCAGAAAGCGUGCCUUUGCGUACCCUUUUGGUAUUUCAGGGCAGCUCGCUGGUCCACCAUUCCUUCGCUGCCCACCACUCCCCCGCCCGCGUGCAGGUACAGGAGAUGCAGAACCUGUCCGCUCACCUCCUCCCUUCCCUCUGUCUGGGGACUCAAAGGGGGGUAGCAGCCAUUCACAUGCACGUCUCAUGAGGACAGGUUGAAUGAGGUAGUGCUACCAUGAGGAAAAGGGAAAACUUGGGGUUGUUUUCUCUGGAGUGGCGGAGGUUGAGGGGGGAAUCUGAAAGAGUAGACCGGGAGCAUCUUUCCCCCCAGGGUUGAAAUGUCUAAUACCAGAGGGCACACACUGAAGGUGAUGGGGGGGGGAAGGGAUGUGAGGGGGAAGUUUUUCACUCUGAGAGGGGUGGAUGCCUGCAAUGCACUGCCUGGUAUGAUGGUAGAGGCAAACACAUUAGAUGCUUUUAAGGGACUUGUAGACAAGCUCAUGGAUACAAGGAAGAUGGAGGGAUAUGGACAUUGUGGGUAGGAAGAAUUAGUUUUUCUGGAUUUUUUUUGCUUUACUUUUUAGCUAGUUCAGUACAACAUUGUGGGCUGAAGGGCCUGUUCCUGUGCUGUACUGUUCUGUGUGUUUGAACACCAGUCUGAGUUUGAUCCAGUUCACCUUCCACCGCAUCGGUCAACAGCAAACAUCCUUCUGUUGGCUCUGUAGCACUCGGACAGUGAAAAUGCACACUUCAGACCACAGUUCAUCCGCUGGAAACCCAGUCCAGGACCUGGGCCUCGGCACCUCCCUGUGCAGCUAGUUCCUUGGCUUCCUCACAAAUGGAAUGCAGUUAGUUUAGAUUGGCAACAACGUCUCCUCCCACGAUCUCCAUCAGCACUGGCGCACCACGUAGCUGUCAGGGCUUGAUUCCUGCCGCCGUCUGUACAGAGUUUGUACGUUCUCCCUGUGACCGUCCAUGGUUCCUCUGGGUGCCCCACUUUUCUUCCCACAAUCCAAAGAUGUACGGGUAAGUGUGAAGGAGCUGUGGUGCCCCCAGCGCACCUUUGGUCCAUGAUGUUUGUUUGCCGCAAAUGGCGCCUUUCACUGUAUGUUUUGAUGUAGUCAUAACAAAUAAAGCUAAUCUAAUCUGUUUCAAGUCACCUGUCAAA